CGGAAGAGCCUCGCGGCCCGGCUCCCUCCGCGCGUGCGCCGCCAGGUGUCCCAGGGUGCGCCGGGGCCGGGCAGCGUACGCGCGGAGGGCGCCGGGCCUGCGAGCGAACAAGAUCGCCUCCGCCAGGGGGCGGGCGAGCGCCAGGUCUGCGGCACUGCGCAGGCUCCUCUGUCGCCGCCGCGUCCACUGUCCGCAUGCGCGGCGCGGCCUAGCGCCGACUGCAGCGGCAAGAUGGCGGCCUCCGCAGUUUGCCGGGCGGCGGGCGCCGGGGCGCGAGUGCUGCUGCGCGCCCGCCGCUCGUCCGCCCUGCUGAGGUCGUCCGCCUCCCGUGGCGCCGCCACCUUCGCCCAGGCCCUGCAGGGCGUGCCGGAGACGCAGGUCAGCCUGCUGGACAAUGGGCUGCGGGUGGCCUCCGGGCGAUCCUCGCAGCCCACCUGCACGGUUGGGGUGUGGAUUGAUGUCGGCAGCCGUUACGAGACUGAGAAGAACAACGGGGCAGGCUACUUUGUGGAGCACCUGGCUUUCAAGGGAACAAAGAAUCGGCCAGGCAGUGCCUUGGAGAAGGAGGUGGAGAGCAUGGGGGCCCAUCUUAACGCCUAUAGCACCCGGGAGCACACUGCUUAUUACAUCAAGGUGCUCUCCAAGGACCUGCCGAAAGCUGUGGAGCUCCUCGCUGACAUUGUGCAAAACUGCAGCCUAGAAGACUCUCAGAUUGAGAAGGAGCGUGACGUGAUCCUGCGGGAGCUGCAGGAGAAUGACGCAUCCCUGCGGGAUGUGGUCUUUGACUACCUGCAUGCCACGGCCUUCCAGGGCACGCCUCUCGCCCAGGCUGUGGAGGGGCCCGGCGAGAACGCCAGGAAGCUGUCUCGGGCUGACCUGACGGAGUACCUCGGCAGGCAUUACAAGGCCCCCCGCAUGGUGCUGGCAGCAGCUGGAGCAGGGGUGGAGCACCGGCAGCUGCUGGACCUCGCCCAGAAGCACUUCAGCAGCCUCUCUCAGGCCUACACGGAGGACGCCGUGCCCACCCUGGCUCCGUGCCGCUUCACUGGCAGUGAGAUCCGUCACCGUGACGACGCCCUACCUUUGGCCCAUGUGGCUAUUGCAGUGGAGGGGCCUGGCUGGGCCAACCCGGACAACGUGGCCCUCCAAGUAGCCAAUGCCAUCAUCGGCCACUAUGACUGCACUUACGGGGGCGGCAUGCAUCUGUCCAGCCCGCUGGCUUCAGCUGCUGUGACCAACAAGCUGUGUCAGAGCUUCCAGACCUUCAACAUCUGCUAUGCGGAGACAGGGCUGCUGGGUGCGCACUUUGUCUGCAACCGCAUGAGCAUCGACGACAUGAUGUUCCUCCUGCAAGGCCAGUGGAUGCGCCUCUGCACCAGCACCACGGAGAGCGAGGUGAGCCGGGGCAAGAACAUCCUCAGAAACGCCUUGGUGUCUCAUCUGGACGGUACCACUCCUGUGUGCGAGGACAUCGGGCGGAGUCUCCUGACCUAUGGCCGCCACAUCCCCCUGGCCGAGUGGGAAAGCCGGAUCGCGGAGGUGGAUGCCCGCACGGUGCGUGAGGUCUGCUCCAAGUACUUCUAUGACCAGUGUCCCGCAGUGGCCGGGUUGGGCCCCAUCGAGCAGCUCCCUGACUACAACCGGAUCCGCAGCGGCAUGUUCUGGCUGCGCUUUUAGGCUGGAAGGCUGUGCAGGCCUCAGGAGGGCAGGCCAGGCUCCAGGUCCCCAGCCACACCACCUGGCACUUCAGACACACGCCGCAUGGCCCCACCAAUAAAGCUGUGUGUCCAGA